UCUCAUUUAAAGCUGUAACUACACAAAAAAAGCACUCUCGCAGUCAGGGUUGGGUCUGCUGCUUACAAGGAGAGGCACUCUUGUAUUCAUGGUGGUGCAGUGAUAACCUGAACAUUUUUCUUCUUCUCAUCCCUUUUCCCCUCGCUUUGCACACAAGGACAGCUCAUGUCUUUCUUAUAGACAUGGAGAGCUUUGUGCAUUUAAGGACUUUCCUUUUUCUGUUGGUCUCCGUUGUUCAGGUUUUGAUUGUUUCAUCUCAGACCAGCGGAGAUGACAUGGACUGCACGGCAGACGGCCAGGUGUACACAAACAGGGACAUCUGGAAGCCAGAGCCAUGCCGGAUCUGUGUUUGUGACAACGGGCAGGUCCUGUGCGAUGAAAUCCAGUGUGACGAUCUGAGUAACUGUGAGAAGAUGUACAUCCCAGAUGGCGAGUGCUGCCCCGUGUGUCAGACUGACUCAUCAAGCAGCGGUGGGACGGGGAGUUUUGAUGGGGGUAGAAUUUACAAGGGUCAGAAGGGAGAACCUGGAGAUGUUCCAGUUGUGACUGGUAUCAGAGGCCGCCCUGGACCUAUGGGACCUCCCGGCUCACCAGGAGAAAGAGGACCACACGGACCCAAAGGAAGGCCUGGAAUACGGGGCCCUCAGGGCUUUGACGGAGAGCCUGGCAUACCAGGUCAGCCUGGUGAACCAGGACCUCCAGGACAUCCAUCACACCCAGGGGGCCUGGGAGCCCAGAUGGCUGGAGUGACUGACUCAAAAACAGGACCCAUGGCCAUGUUGAGUGGCUCCAGGGGAGAGAACGGAGCAAGAGGACCUCCUGGGCCGAAUGGAUCACCUGGUCAAGCUGGACCACAAGGAUCUCCUGGAGAUGUUGGUGAUCCUGGACAUAUGGGUUCACCGGGCCAGAGAGGACCUGAGGGCCCUCCGGGGAAGGCAGGCGAAGAUGGAGAAUCAGGCAAAGCGGGAAAUAGUGGAGAAGUUGGAUUCCCUGGAUCAGCAGGGCCUAGAGGAUUUCCUGGAACACCUGGGCCUCCAGGCCUGAAGGGUCACAGAGGCCACAGUGGACCUUUUGGACCAAAAGGUGAAACAGGAGCUGUUGGAUCCAAGGGCGCCACAGGGCCCAGCGGUCCAAUGGGAGCACCUGGACCUAUGGGUCCUUCAGGGAUGCCGGGCGAGAGAGGACGCCCUGGACCAGGUGGUAUAGCGGGUAAGCGUGGUCCUCCUGGUAAUAUCGGGAAAUCUGGUCCGAUGGGCCCCUUGGGUCUCAGUGGAUCGCCUGGAUAUCCAGGGGCCCCAGGUAUGAAGGGACAGCCUGGCCCCACAGGUGUCCGAGGUCCAGAGGGGGGACAAGGACAGAGAGGAGAGACCGGUCAUCAGGGGAGACCUGGCCCCAUUGGCAUCGGGGGGCCCAUGGGAACAGAUGGAGGCCCAGGUUCCAAAGGACCAGUUGGUACUGUUGGUCCACAAGGUUCAGGCGGCCAUCUUGGGCCCCGUGGCCCACCAGGACCUCAGGGAAGCACUGGUCAACCUGGUAUCAAAGGACAACUGGGAGAUGUUGGUGUUGGGGGAUUUAAAGGAGAAGCUGGACCUAAAGGGGAACCGGGUCCGCCUGGUUCCCAGGGAGUGAUCGGACCUCAAGGUGAGGAAGGAAAGCGAGGACUACGUGGAGAUCCCGGCUCUCUUGGGCCUCCUGGUCCUGUCGGUGAAAGAGGAUCUCCUGGAAACAGAGGAUUCCCUGGUGCAGAUGGGCUGCCGGGACCGAAGGGUGCUCAAGGAGAUCGUGGAAUAUCAGGCCCACCGGGACCGAAAGGUUCUCUAGGAGACCUAGGGCGCACAGGAGAACCUGGUCUACCAGGUGCAAGGGGUCUUACUGGGACCCCCGGAGUUCAAGGUGCAGAGGGAAAACCAGGACCACUGGGUGCCCCAGGUGAAGAUGGUCGCCCCGGUCCUACAGGGCCCAUUGGAAACAGAGGGCCUGCAGGAACCAUGGGAGUCCCAGGCCCCAAGGGCUUCAGUGGUGACCCAGGAAAGACGGGGGAACAGGGAUCUGCAGGAGUGCCAGGUCAAAGAGGUCCUCCAGGAAAAGAUGGAGAGGUUGGGCCUGCAGGACCCCCUGGUCCACCUGGAGAGCGUGGAAUUCCUGGGGAGAGAGGAGAACUGGGUCCAACAGGUCUGCAGGGACCUAAAGGAAUUCCUGGUGCACCUGGUCCAGAUGGGCCAAAGGGUAGCCCUGGUCCCACCGGUGCUUUAGGUGACGUGGGUCCUCCAGGUCUUCAGGGAAUGCCAGGAGAGAGGGGCAUCUCUGGUCCUCCUGGUCCCAAAGGUGAAAGAGGAGCAAUUGGUGAGAAAGGAUCUGAAGGUACAGCUGGGAAUGAUGGCGCAAGAGGAGCACCAGGUCCCAUUGGACCAUCAGGACCUGCAGGACCCAGUGGUGAGAAGGGAGAACCUGGACCCAAAGGACCGUCUGGACCACCAGGAUCCAGGGGAACACCUGGGUCGAGAGGUGACCCUGGUCCUAUUGGUGCUGUUGGAUUUUCUGGCCCCCCUGGUCCUGAUGGCCAACCUGGAGUAAAAGGAGAGCCUGGAGAGCAAGGCCAGAAAGGAGAUGCAGGGUCUCCUGGGCCACAGGGCUUGGCUGGUGCCCAUGGACCUCCUGGGCCAGUUGGUGUUGCUGGGCUGAAAGGAGGAAGAGGAACACAGGGAGCACCGGGCCCCACUGGUUUCCCUGGAUCUGCAGGAAGGGUUGGACCCCCUGGCCCACCUGGUCCUUUAGGAGAAGCGGGACCCCUGGGACCUCCAGGAAAAGAGGGUCCUCCUGGACUUCGUGGAGAUCAUGGACCCCCUGGACGACAAGGAGAACGUGGACCUCCAGGAUCACCAGGUAGCCCAGGAGACAAAGGGGACUCUGGAGAGGAUGGCCCUACGGGUCCUAAUGGUCCUCCAGGCCCAGCUGGAACUACAGGGCAGAGAGGCAUUGUAGGUCUUCCUGGUCAGAGAGGAGAGCGUGGGCCACCAGGUCUCCCAGGACCAGCGGGUCCCCCAGGAAAGCAGGGCUCAACAGGAGCGCCUGGAGAUAAAGGCCCUCCAGGUCCAGUCGGUGUUCCUGGUGCUAAUGGACCUCGUGGUGAUCCUGGUCCUGAUGGUCCUGCAGGAUCAGAUGGCCCACCAGGAAAGGAUGGUGUUAUUGGACAAAGGGGAGACCGAGGAGAUCCUGGUCCAGAAGGCUUUGUUGGUCCUCAGGGACUUCCUGGACCUCCCGGUCCUGUUGGUGCCCCAGGUGAUGCUGGAAGGAGAGGAGAGCCUGGCUCAAGAGGACCUCCUGGACCACCUGGCUCAGCUGGAAAGAGAGGAUUAGUGGGACCCCAAGGGCCGAGAGGAGAUAAGGGUGACCUGGGUGAUCAUGGAGAGAGAGGCCAGAAGGGACACAGAGGCUUCACUGGUUUGCAGGGUCUCCCCGGACCUCCAGGCACAACUGGUGAGCAGGGAGCUCCAGGAAUUGUUGGACCCAGUGGACCGAGGGGACCUCCUGGACCUAUCGGGCCUCCUGGAAAAGAAGGAUACAUAGGACUGCCUGGACCAAUGGGACCUCCAGGAACUCGUGGGAUCACAGGAGAAGUUGGACCAGAGGGCCCUCCCGGAGAACCCGGACCCGCAGGUCCUCCAGGCCCUCCCGGACGUCCCAUGGCAGCUGUGGAUGACCUAUUCGGCGGCCCCCAGGAUUACGACUCUGGGCCACCUCCUCCUGAGUUCAGCGAGGACGAAGCUCUGCCCAACAGUAAUGCCUCCACCAUAGUGCCCGUCGACCCCGGUGUUCAAGCCACCCUGAAAGCCCUCAAGAGCCAGAUCGACAACAUGAAGAGCCCAGACGGCAGCAAGAAACAUCCUGCCAGGACCUGCGACGACCUCAAGAGGUGCUACCCCAUGAAGAAGAGCGGUGAGUACUGGGUGGAUCCAAACCAAGGCAGUGCAGAGGAUGCCAUUCAAGUGCACUGCAACAUGGACACUGGAGAGACCUGCAUCUCUGCCAACCCAUCCAGCAUACCUCGUAAAGUGUGGUGGACCUCCUCCAGGAACAAGCCUGUGUGGUUUGGAGCCGACAUGAACAGCGGAACACAUUUUGCUUAUGGCAACAAAGAUCAGCCAUCAAACACCGUCGCAGUGCAGAUGACCUUCAUCCGCCUGCUGUCCAAAGAGGUUUCCCAGACCAUCACGUACCACUGCAAGAACUCUGUGGGCUACAUGGAUGACAAGACGGGCAACUUAAAGAAAGCCGUGAUCCUCAAAGGCUCCAACGACCUAGAGCUCAAAGCAGAGGGAAACAACCGGUUCAGAUACACAGUGGUGGAGGACUCCUGCACACAAGCAAAUGGCAACUGGGGCAAGACCGUGUUUGAGUACAGGACACAGAAAACAGCAAGACUUCCCAUUGUGGAUAUUGCCCCCGUGGACAUUGGCGGCCGGGAUCAAGAGUUCGGCGUCGACAUCGGGCCCGUGUGCUUCUUGUAAAGGCGUCAGCAGGGAAGGGAAGUGUCGGGGAGAAUCCCGAGACUGUUGAACUGACAGCUGAUGCGAUCAGCCACGUUGUACAUACGAGUACCGAGGACUGUUGUGGCCCCGUGGCGAGAUAUUUAUUGUGCCUUUCGACCCAGUUCAAGACGGCAAAGAUUUGUUUUGGAAUUUACAUGAAAAAUUGGUUUGAAAAAAAAAAAAAAAAUCAGAAUCAUUCCUCUGUCGUCUUGUGUAUGUUUGACUUCGAGCUUUGUGCAUUUUCGAGGUCCAAAGAUCUUACCCUUUAAUUUCGCCAAAGAACAUAGAAGCUUUAAACUGUUAUUAUGACUGCUGUUCGUAAGCCCAGAACAUUUCCACUGAAACUACGACGUAUGUCCCACCACUACUAUUUUUUUUAGAGACUUCUCUAUUUUCUUUUUGUUUUUUUACUUCAUUGUCUGAAUAUAAAACAUCUUUGUGGUGCUAUUGAGGAAACAAAUACAGCCGCUUAUGCGUUCGCUGGCGCAGGUAUUUUCUCAUGAGAGUUCUGAUGAACCGAUGUCUGUAUCUAGUUACUCAACACUCUGUACCAACCAUGUAGAACAUUAAAGACGCAUGAAGACUGUCAGUCACUCAGUGUUAGCUACCUCGUCACCGGAACUGAGAACACCAUGACACUACAUGUAAAUCUUUUGUUUCACACAGGUGCUGUUUUGUAAGUAGUGUGACCUUUGAUCUUCUCCCAGCUGCGCGGUACAGGGCAGGGUUUGGGGAUGCCAAUAAAGAUCUCUCUGUCAACAAUGGGGAGAUGAAUGAGGUGUCAUGUGAGUGAUGUGUGGUGAUUUGUAAUUAUUUUUUUGCCCCUUCAAUUAUACAAUUAUGGUACAGUUAAAAGGUAGCGAUUUUUAUGCAUGUCAGCUCCCCCUUUGCAGUAUCCUGGACAUAUAUGCUCUUGAAAUCCUUUUUUCAAUACUCAGUUUUAUAGAAUAAGACGGCUGAGUGUGCCUGUUUGCUUUGUAUUUUUAAUUUUAAUUUUUUGCUAUGCAACAAAUUAAACUAAAUGCUUGUUAAUCCCCCUAAGCUCUUGUCAUAUUGAUUCAGGUAUAGUUAGGCUCUUUGCGUUGGCCAGUUUUGCACCUAAAUUCAUAUUUAGUUUAAUUUACUUUUUACACAGAGUUUUCAAUGUGAACAGUUUGUUUUACAUUUUUCCUUUUUUUUGACUGUGCUUUUAAGUAAUUCUCUUGUGACCAUUUGGUUCGAAUUUGAGUAUAUUUAUUAUAGAUUUGUUAGAAUUAUGCAAGGCAUGGCUGCCUGCAAACACCCCCAAGGCAGAGAGGAGGAGGAGGAGGAGGAAGAGGAUGAAGAGGGGGGGUUCCACACUGGAAGCAGAUGCGUUUCUUCCUUUGAAAAUAAAUAUUGAAAAUAC